GAGGCGCCCCGCUCCGCCGAUCGCUCGGUCCUGCAAACGCGCGCCGGGCGCUUUCCCUGGAGCUCGGCGGUGCGUGCGAGCGCCCUUUUGCUGCAGCUGCGGCGGCGGUGGUCCGAGGGGGCGGAGAGGAGGGGGCUGCGGCCGGCGGGCCAGGGGGCGGCGUCCCCCCUCAAAACCGCCUGCAAAGUGCUCCGGGUGGCAGAAGCAGGCCGCCGGCUCCGCGGAGCAAGCCGCUCGCCCCGGGGCUGAGCAAGCGCGCGGGGCUGCCGGGCAGCACCACGGUUGCUUGCGGGCGCCGGUGCCCUCGGCGCGGGGCUGGAGCUCACCAUGCCCCUGCGGGGCCGGGCCAGCGGGCACGAGCGGAUCCCCGGCUUGCCACCGCCUCGACGCGCUCGGAUUAGCUGCAGCUGGCGCCCAGGGAUUUGAAUCUGGACCCUGGGAGGGAGUGCGCCUAGGCCGACCUCGGAGCGGCGGCCCCGUGGCCAACAUGCUUCGCAAAGGGUGCUGUGUGGAGUUGCUGCUGCUGUUGGUAGCUGCGGAGCUGCCCCUGGGUGGCGGCUGCCCACGGGACUGUGUGUGCUACCCGGCGCCCAUGACGGUCAGCUGCCAGGCGCACAACUUUGCAGCCAUCCCGGAGGGCAUCCCCGUGGACAGCGAGCGCGUCUUCCUGCAGAACAACCGCAUCGGCCUCCUCCAGCCCGGCCACUUCAGUCCCGCCAUGGUCACCCUGUGGAUCUACUCGAACAACAUCACCUACAUCCACCCCAGCACCUUCGAGGGCUUCGUGCACCUGGAGGAGCUGGACCUCGGCGACAACCGGCAGCUGCGGACGCUGGCACCCGAGACCUUCCAGGGCCUGGUGAAGCUUCACGCCCUCUACCUCUACAAGUGUGGGCUCGGCGCCUUGCCAGCCGGCGUCUUUGGCGGCCUGCACAGCCUGCAGUACCUCUACCUGCAGGACAACCACAUUGAGUACCUCCAGGACGACAUCUUCGUGGACCUGGUCAACCUCAGCCACCUGUUUCUCCACGGCAACAAGCUGUGGAGUCUGGGCCCGGGCACCUUCCGGGGCCUGGUGAACCUGGACCGUCUUUUGCUGCACGAGAACCAGCUGCAGUGGGUCCACCACAAGGCGUUCCACGACCUCCGCAGGCUGACCACCCUCUUCCUCUUCAACAACAGCCUCUCGGAGCUGCAGGGUGAGUGCCUGGCCCCGCUGGGGGCCCUGGAGUUCCUCCGCCUCAACGGCAACCCCUGGGACUGUGGUUGUCGCGCGCGCUCCCUGUGGGAAUGGCUGCAGAGGUUCCGGGGCUCCAGCUCCGCUGUCCCCUGUGUGUCCCCUGGGCUGCGGCACGGCCAGGACCUGAAGCUGCUGAGGGCCGAGGACUUCCGGAACUGCACGGGACCAGCGUCCCCACACCAGAUCAAGUCACACACGCUCACCACCACCGACAGGGCCGCCCGAAAGGAACACCACUCACCCCAUGGCCCCACCAGGAGCAAGGGCCACCCGCACGGCCCCCGGCCCGGCCACAGGAAGCCGGGGAAGAACUGCACCAACCCCAGGAACCGCAAUCAGAUCUCUAAGGCGGGCGCCGGGAAACAGGCCCCCGAGCUGCCAGACUAUGCCCCAGACUACCAGCACAAGUUCAGUUUCGACAUCAUGCCCACGGCCCGGCCCAAGAGGAAGGGCAAGUGUGCCCGCAGGACCCCCAUCCGUGCCCCCAGCGGGGUGCAGCAGGCCUCCUCGGCCAGUUCCCUGGGGGCCUCCGUCCUGGCCUGGACACUGGGGCUGGCAGUCACUCUCCGCUGAGGACCCAGGACGUCAGCACCCAGCACUGCCACAUGUCCACCAAGGAACAGAAUUUAUUUUCUUCUUUUUUUAACAAGUGGAAGAUCUGCUGGGUUUCAGGAAAAGGCUGGUAGAGGCUUCGGCUGCUGUCUGGACGUCUGGACCCUGCCAUGUGGAUUAUAAACCCAAAGUGUACAGCCCUAGGCGGGAGGGGUUGGCGCUUCUCAGCCGGCUGUCCCAGCCAGCCCCGCAGAGCACCCACGGACAGUGUCCACUCUGGCAAGGUGGGAAAAGGCACUCCAAGUGCAUCCUCCACUGGCAACAGUGGGACAAUUGCCCCCGACGGUGGCACCAGGGCUCUGUAGAAUCCCGAUCGUUCCGAGAGGUCUGGAGUGCCCCGUGGUUCCUGGAGAAAGCAGGACACAGAGAAGAACAAAUGAGGCUCACCCACGAGGCUGGGCGGCCAGCAGUCUGGGCACACACGAGCAGGUGGCAUCUUGGCUCUUGCCUGAGGCCACUUAGUCACCCUGCCCUGAAUUCUACCCUACUCCACCUUCAGCCCCUCCCUCGGGGGUAGCGCCUCUCAUUCCUGAUGUCUCAGGCAACCCUGGCAGACCCAGGCCCAACUGCUGGGGUCCAAGAACCAAUUACCAAAGGAAAGAUCAUCAGAGGCUGAAAUCUAGAACUUCAUCCCGGGCAAUGAGGUUCUCACAGAAGGUGCAGUUUUAUAAUUACGUCCACUUAUAUAUAUUCACACUCUACAUAUAUAUAUAUAUAUAUAUGUAUAUAUAUAUACAAAUGCACAGUCCCCUCCCACUUCAUUACCUAACUGUAUGUCUUUUCAUGUUUAUAAACUAUACAGAAAACUGUAUUUGCUGAACUGAGGAUUGUAUUGGUGAUUUCUAGCAAGAACAAAGUGAUAGAAUUUUUGUCUAGAAUCCCAAACUGGCAACGAUAGUCUCCAAGGGACCUGGGCUUGCCAAGGGCCUGGGGCAAGGUGUCGGCGGGGACGGUGAGGAAGGGGGAGGCAGCAAGAGUCACUUUGGGGGACCAAUAUUCUUAGAUAUUUAGAGCAUCACCUUGUUUUUAUAUGCAACACAAGCCUGUCUGCCACCCUGGAGCGCCCUGUCACCCCUUCUGUCGUAGCUGUUGGCUUCAGGGUGAGAAGUGAGAAGCAGCUUAUUGUAUGUCAGGGAGCCAGGCCCGGAGGGUGAGCGAGAUGGAGAAGGGGAAGGAAGGGGCUUUGGGAUCUGGAAACCAGCAGGCCAGGCAGCGUCCACAGUGUUAGUCCAAAGGGUCGGACCGUGUCGUCAGCCUAGCGUUUGGUCAGUGACGGCCUGGACGGGCCAAGGAGACUCCAGGCUUGAGCCCAGGCCUCCCGCACGGCUCAGCUGCUGAAUUUUUCCUUGAGGCUGUUUGGUGUGUGACCCAGCAAGGGCCCUGUGUAGGACAGCAGGAGGGAGGCAUCGGGGGGCCUUAGCAGAAGGGGAACAAUGAGGGUAUUUCAUGAACCAUCUCAGGCACUUCUGCAUCAUGGAAGACCCGGCCCUCCCAGCCGUCCUGGGGAUGCUCAGGGUGCAGGCAGAGGCUUGGGAGGCCGGACUCAGGGGUCAGAAGCAGGGACUGGGGCAGGCGAGCCCGGACAGGGAAGAGGGGCUCCGAUCAAAGCCGGCCAUGCUGCUGGCCGGGGGCCCAGGUGGGUACAAGCUCCUUUGUGCUUUGCACAAACCUGAAUCCCCCACCAGAGAGGAUGUGUGUGAGGAGCCAGAAACGCUGAAUCCAAUUAAGAGAGAAAAAUAAUAAUAACAAUAAAUGAUCUUGGACAAGAACCCUGUUUUUCAUUUCCUAACCCUGCAUUCCUGACAGGUGGCAGAUCCUGGGCUUCUGUGGGUGGGCGAGCCUGGCUGGGCACAGCUCUGGGAACACAGCACAUUUGUUGGCGGGAGGAGCCACAGGGGGCAGGGGCGCACGGACUCACGGGACACACGAGAGCACGCACACCCUAGUGCUCUGUUUCGUGGCACUUCCCUUGCCCGCACAGAUCAUGAUUCACUUUCCACAUUCUGACUGCCCCGGGCCGGCACCAUCUCUGUGGCUCUCCCCGGAGGAGGCUGGUCCUGGGUCCUUCCUGGCCUAUUCCCGGGAGCCUCCAGCUAACUGACUGAUCCUCAGGGCGCCGGGCAGGUGGCUGGUGGGGACGGGCGGCUGUAAGGGAACAGUCAGUACCUGGGGCCCAAGGGGUUUUCCAGGAGGCCAGGGACCCACCCGGACAGCUGUGGGUGGGCUUGGAGACUGCACGCCUCUCUCUGGCUUCAGAGAAAGGAGAGGGUUCCCCGGAUAGAGGGAGGAAGGCUGUGUUUUCAGGCCUGGCUGGACAAAUCCUCCUCAGUAUGAGGCUUGGGGCAUUCACUAAAGGGAGCCCAGUGACUGCAGACCAAAGAAUCCUCAGCCUGCACCUGCUCCCCUGUGGCCUGCAGGCUCUGACCCAGGCCGAGGUGCCAGGGCCUGGCUGUCCCUUAGAACCCAAGGAUGUUGUUAUGUUGUUGAUUUCAUUUCCAACUUCAGACAGCAAGGCCCUCAGUGGGAAAAUCAAGAGUCUAAGAACUUUAUUAAAUUUUUUUUUAAAAAAAGACUUAGGAAGUCCUGUAAUAUGGAAGUGAAAUGUCAGUACGAGAAAUGCUAAUGUUUUAUAAAUGAUCCGCUUCUGUCAAGCACAGCACAGUCUCUGGUUGCCGACUGUUAUUAGAGGCAAGGCAGUGGGGGCCCGGGACGCCAGGUAUUUUUAGCAGCUUUCUCCUCUAAGAGGUAGGGGGAAUCAAGGCAGCUCUGUUGCAGACGACAUCACUUGUCACUCAGCAGCUCAUGCUACGCAGUUAUGAUGACACCAUCGCCCCAAACACCAAAGCAACUGGAUGCGUCAGGGGCGAGGCAAAAGCUUCUCUAUUCGCCAGCUCCAGCCCCUUGCGUCUGGUUCAGGGCAGGGAGAUGCAGAUUCCUGUGGUCUUCCCAGAGGCGGGGGCCACCCCUCUGCUGCCAUCUUCCCACUUUCCCUGGACCCCCAAAGGGAGUCAUCUCUUCUGCCUCCCAGCCCUCCUGCCACGCAGGCCUCCACUGUGGACUGAUGGGGACAGAGCCACCCCUGUCGGAGGGGCUGGGUGGCCACUGGUGGUCUCCACUGUGGACUGACGGGGACAGAGCCACCCCUGUUGGAGGGGCUGGGUGGCCACUGAAGGCCUCCACUGUGGACUGACGGGGACAGAGCCACCCCUGUCGGAGGGGCUGGAUGGCCACUGGUGGUCUCUAAGGCCUUUCACACAAGUUCCUCCCCUGACCACAGAGCUUGGCUGGCUCUGCAUAGUUCAUUCAACACGGGCUGAUCAGGGGCCUCCGUGUCCAGCCACUGGCCAGGCUCUGGGGACAUAAACGUGAGAAGACGUGCCUCGGGGCAAAAGGAGCUCAGAGCCUAGAUGUAGAAACAAGUAUUCGCAAUUGGUAUGGAGUUGGCGCUUGUGGUAGCACCCCUCGGCCCCGAAAAUGAGGAGCUCAGCUGGGUGGGGGCAGUCAGAGAGGGCUUCCAGGCGGAGGUGACACUCCAAUGAGUCUUGGAGGAUGAGGAGCCGCCCAGAGAAGAGUGUGGGGAGUAGGGCUAGAGGUGGUAACAGCACUGUGUCUGGGGUAUCCACAAACCACUCCCAGCUGAGGGCGUGGGAGACGCGCCCUGUAUGGGAGCGGCCCAGGGGACUCUGCUCAGGGACUCGACUCAGCGGUGGAAGUGGAGGGGCUGUGCGGUCCCCCGACCUGGUCGU